AUGCCCUUCCGGCUGAAGCUGCGGCGCACGCGGCGCUACAACGUCCUGAGCAAGAACUAUUUUGUGACGCGCAUUCGGCUGCUGGACAACAACGUGAUCGAAUGUACUCUGUCGGUGGAGAGCACGGGGCAGGAAUGUCUGGAAGCCGUGGCGCAGCGGCUGGAGCUACGUGAGACUCCCUACUUCGGCCUGUGGUUCCAAGGGAAGACCCAGGCUCCGGCGCAACGUUGGGUGGAGUUGGAGAAGCCCCUCAAGAAGCAACUGGACAAGUUUGGCAAUGAGCCACUGCUUUUCUUCGGGGUCAUGUUCUACGUGCCCAGCGUAUCUCGCUUGGAGCAGGAAGCCACCAGGUAUCAGUAUUACCUCCAAGUGAAGAAGGAAUUGUUGGACGGACGCCUCCACUGCACGGUGGAGCAGGGCAUCAGACUAGCUGGCCUAGCAGUGCAAGCCGACUUCGGGGACUUCACUCAGUUCAUGUCUCAGGACUUCCUUCGGGAGUAUGUCCUUUUUCCAGUGAACUGGCCUAAUGGAGACGAGGUGCUGGAGGAGUGGACGCAGAAGGUUGCAGAAGAGCACAAGAGCCACUGUCGAAUGCAGGCAGCCGAAGCGGAGCUGUUGUACAUCAAGGAGAUCGAGAAACUGGACGGCUUCGGCCAGGAGAGUUUCGCCGCUAAGGACAACUACACCAACGACAUUUUCAUCGGCAUGUCUUUCAUCGGUGUGUUUGUCAAGCACAGAAACGGCAGAUCUAUCAUGCUGCACAGGUGGAAGGAUAUCGGCACCAUCGCGCACAACAAGUCGGCCAUCACAGUGGAGAUAACAAGUCGCGAUGACACGAUCAUCUUUCACCUGGAGGAUAUGGAAAUGGCCAAGUACAUCGCUCGUCUGUUCACGGCCAGACACAAGUUCUACAAACAGAACAAGAUUUGCGCAGAGCCCACUCAUUCCCCUGCGCCAAUCAGGAGAAGGCCCACCUGGACGCACCGCCUUUCUCUGCCGCGGCCGCAGUCCUGUAACUUCCAGACAAUGCAUUCCCAGUAUGGAGAACAUUACCAAGACACAAAGAGCUCUCAAGAUAGCAUCUUCCACGACGACCCCUACUACAAGUCCGAGAGCAGCCUGGACCACUGCCAGGUGGACUUCCCCUUCCGCAACGGCACCCUGCCCAACGGAAGCAUGUACAGCAGCCCCAGCCUGAGCUCCCUCAACCACUCGCAAACCUUUGUGCCGCCCUCGCCGAUGUCCUCCAACCUCAGCAUCCCGGGCAGCGAGCUGAUGCGCCCGGAUUACAUCCCCAGCCACCGGCACAGCGCCAUCAUCGCGCCGUCCUACCGGCCUACGCCUGAGUACGACGCCGUGAUGCGGCAGAAGCGGCGCAUGCUGCACGCUCAUCACGACCUCCACAGCCAGUCGCUGCGCAGUUUGAACAUUAGUAACGCCUGCGCCUAUCGCCAACCGGAGGCUCUGGUUUAUAGCCAGCCUGAAAUGAGGGAGAGGGGCCCUUAUCAUGGCCUGGGACCCAGUCCUGGACCCUACACGCAGAUCAGCUACAGCAAGCCAGUGUCUCAUGGCCCACUUCAGGGAGGACCAGCUAGUAGUCAGGGCGCUUGUCAUUCGCCUUGCAUCAACGGAGGCGGAGGAAGCGGCGGAGGCGGCGGCGUGGGAAGCUCAAUCUCUCACACGGUUAGCACACCCGAGCUGGCUAAUACAAAACAACAAGGGAGCAACGCCGGCAGCUACGCCGCGACGGCUCACAUCAUGAGGAAUCACAUAUCGCGACCUCCGCCGCCGUAUCCCUCCACGGCAUUCCGGCCCGCCACAAGCACGCCGGACCUGGCGAGCCACCGCCUGCGCUGCAUCGGGGGCAGCAGCCCGGAGCUGGUGACCCGCAUGGUGCAGCUGUCCGUCAAGACCUUCCAACCGGACAGCUCGGCGGUGGUGCACCAAUCCCUGCAGGAGGUCAGCGAGCCGCUCACCACCACCGUGGCCAAGCACCGCUCCGCCCUGGGUAAGAGGCACAGCAUGGAGGUGAUCAGCAGCAUGAGAGGCGGCGGGAUGGAGGGCAUGGUGAUGAAGGGCAUGAACGCUCCUCUUCAUCGAAGGAAUACGCUGCGGGAGCACGUGAUGCCCCCUCAGCCGGUGGCCCAAGCGCCCCAGCGUCAUUCCCCGCCACCCCCUCCCUCGCAAUCCAAAGACUUGCCCAUCCCGAUGCCCUCACAGAAGGAACCCCCAGCGGCACCCCCUGUGGCUUACCAGCAUCAAAAGACUCUCUCCAACGCCACCAUGCUCAUCCACAGCAGCGAGAGCGAGGAGGAGGAGGAUGAAGAUGAGGAGGAAGAGGAGGAAGAGAGGCCAGAGCUGGACGUCCAAAUCCCGGGUCUCAAUGAGGACAUUAGCAUCAGCGCCCAGUUGCAGGCCGCCUUGGCCAAGCUGCCCAACAAGCCCCCUCCGGAGUACCCGGGCCCUCCCAGACCCUCCAGCAACAUUUCCAUUCACAACCAUACGCACCACCACAACCACAAUUCACCGCCACACGGCACCCAGGUGCCAACGGAUACCAUCCAACCCCAAGGAUGGAACCCCGCGGACGGUGAACCCGGGAGCGGGGGUAGCGGGACUCUGACACGAGGGGAUCAGGGCGGCAUCAACGGCAACGUUUUGGGGCCAUCUAUUUCGGAACCGGACCUGACCAGUGUGAAGGAGAGGGUGAGGAAGGAGCCGGUUAAGGAGAGGCCCGUGUCAGAGAUGUUCUCCUUGGAGGACAGCAUCGUGGAGAGGGAGAUAGCGCAAAGGACGUUGGAGAGACAGAAGAUGUCCGUGGACUCAAUGAAGCGGCCGCUGAUGAUGGCCGCCCUCAACGGCCUCUACGUGGCCCGCAUGCCCGUUCCUGAGUGUCCGACGGACGACGGCGCCAAGACUGCCACCGACGAGCGGUGUAAAACGUUGGAGCUGAAGCUGGAGGAGGAGCGCGUCUUCACCGAGUACGAGCAGGUGCCCAAAAAGAGGGCGGACGGCCCGCUCACCACGGCCACGCUCCCCGAGAACGCCGAGCGCAACCGCUUCCGCGACGUGGUUCCGUACGAGGAGAACCGAGUGGAGUUGGUGCCCAACAAGGAAAACAACACGGGCUACAUCAACGCCUCCCAUAUCAAGGUGACCAUCCGAGGGGAGGAGUGGCACUACAUCAGCACCCAGGGCCCACUGGCCAACACCUGCGGCGAUUUCUGGCAGAUGGUGUGGGAACAGGGUGUCAAUGUCAUCGCCAUGGUUACGGCCGAAGAGGAGGGCGGGCGCUCCAAGAGUCACCGCUACUGGCCCAAGCUGGGGUCCAAGCACAACUCGGCCACACACGGCAAGUUCAAGGUGACCACCAAGUUCCGCACCGACUCGGGCUGCUACGCCACAACAGGUCUGAAGGUCAAACACCUGCUGUCGGGCCAGGAGAGAACCGUGUGGCACCUGCAGUACACCGACUGGCCUGAGCAAGGCUGCCCAGAAUAUGUCCAGGGCUUCCUCUCCUACCUGGAGGAGAUCCAGUCAGUGAGGAGGCACACCAACUCUAUGCUGGACACCUCCAAGAGCCUAAACCCACCAGUGGUGGUGCACUGCAGUGCAGGAGUGGGUCGCACCGGCGUCGUUAUUCUCACCGAGUUAAUGAUUAGCUGCCUGGAGCACAAUGAGCCCGUGGAGAUCCCCACCAUGCUUUCGGGCUUAAGGCAGCAGAGGAUGCUGAUGGUCCAGACCAUCUCGCAGUAUAAGUUUGUCUACCAGGUCCUCAUCCAGUUCCUCAAGAACUCUCGCCUCAUCUGAAGUGUCGGCAGAAUACACACCCUCACCCACCUUUUUACAUUUGAUUCAUUUUUCAUUUUCAAACUGCUAAAACGGUUUUAUUUCCUCAAAUAGUUGCCAGCCAUCCCUCUAAUGGACUCUGUGUACAAUUAACAUGCCACAAGAUGGCGCCAUAUCACUGCUUACCUAAUUCUAACUGAAACCUAUCAAUGCAAAGUGAUAUUAUGCCUCCCCCAUCUGGAGUUAUGUAAAUAACCCCUCCCCUCAGGUCACUAUGUAUCGAUAAAUGAUAAUGUUUGAACAGCAGUUGUGUGACCCAAAAAAAAAAAAAAAACCUUCAAAUAUUAACUUUCACAUUGAAGCAAAUGUUUUUCUUGUUCCUUUUAUAUUUAUUUAAGUGUCUCAACAUUGUGCUCACCCACAUUACAUUUCAAUAUGUCCACUCAAUUUCUGAACAAAUAGAGUGCAUUCACAAAAUAUUCACAGCGCUUCCCUUUUUGCAACUUUUGUCUUGUUACACCCUUUGUCCAUAGCGGAAUAAAUGAAUUUUUCUCCCCCCUCAAAAUUCCAUACUACAUACAAUACUCAAUAGCAAACAGGACCAAUGUUAUUUUGAAAAUGUUUCAAAUAUAUUCAAGUCCCUGUAAAGUGAAAAAUAAAUGUCUUGUAAAUUUGACCCAUUGGCUGCUCUUAUGUAUGCACUCACAGCCAACAACGAGGCGCUCUUAAGCGGCCACGCCCAGCCCGCAUCCUUUGUCCUCAUGCUGGCUGACAAAUUGAGCUUAACAAAAACUAUCCAAAGGGUAAAUAUGGAAAAAGGUGAAGCUCUGUGAAUAUUUUUCGUAUGAUAAAUCAUGAGCAUCAUAGCAGUUCCUCAAAUUUUUCAUUUGUUUUUUUUGGUGGGCUAUGGGUGUAAACAAUUCAACAAUUUGUAAGAAACCUCCCAAAAGUACAAGGAGUCCAUUGAACCCCCCCCCCCCACACACACACACACAUUGUAAAUAGCAUAAUAUUGUGCCUUAAAUGGAGAGCUCCACACUUAUCCUAGUUGAAAUCUCUGGAGUCAGUAUUUAUCCUUCAACAUGUUUAUAAAAUAACAUUUUUAUUUGUACAGACACAUGUAUUGUGUGAAAAUUUGUUAAUCGUUCAUGACUUGGUACUAUCAAAAAUACCGCAACCUGUUCAACUAUGCAUGCGUUUUUCUUAAAUAUAUAUUUGAAUGUAUAUAUAAACAUAAAUAUAUCAAUUCUUGUCCGUAUAAGCUUUCUGCUCUCUCAAGUAUUUUAUUGCACUCGUUUGUCACGCGGCAUUCCACUGUUUGUUCCUAUUUAAUCCCCCUUUCGUCUUGGUGCGUGUACAUAUGUUUUGUAUAUGUGUUUUCACUGCUUUCUUCUCGUCCCCGUAAACGUGUACUUGCUUGUAAUGCAAUAAAGUCUUAUUUUCU